AUGGCUGAAUUCAAUUGCUCAUAUAAAAAGGCCUUACAAAUAUAUAUUCCUCCAGCACCUCAACCUGUACAAGUAGAACAGGAAACAACUAUAUUAAAGACGGCUCAAAGACAUCUCAACCCAAAUACACCUUUAUAUAAUAAUAUACCUGAACCCAUACCUGUGUUUAUCUCACAAAACGAAGAUGGGGUAAUGUCUUACGCGAACGUUACUCGCUCUGUACCGCGCUUACACCCUGAAGUUACUUCUAACACUAAAUCAAUACCAUUAUCAUCACAAUCGGGUACUAUGGAGAUUUCGCAAACUUUACAAGAAAAAACUAUAAGUACAAAGAGAAAAAGGAAAAAGAAGCAAAAUCAGAAUGAAGUGUUUGAAAACGAUAUAUCUACAGAAUCAGAAGAAGUAAUUAAUAAUAAUGAUGAUGAUAUAGAAAGUGAGCUCCAAUCAAGAAAAGAGAAAAAAGAGAGAAGAGAGAGGCUUAAAUCAACUUCUAAUUUUAGGCAAUUACUUUUUAAGUUAUAUGCUAUAUUUACAAAUUCACAAGAACAACUUAAGAACAAAAUGAUUCAAGGAAUGUCAUUAAUUAUUGAAUGGUUAGUACCGAUGGUGGCUCAGUGCAUUUGGGAUUUGCCUUUUAAAAGCUUUUUUAGUCAAUAA